UCGGGAUGGAAUUUCGUGUGGAUCCUCUAGCAUAAGAAUCCCAUAGUAUAAUGUGGUUAUGCGUUAAUUAUUUCUAGUAGUCAGUACCAAAUACGGAAGUCGCCAUUUUUGUUUGUGAUUACCUCGUGCAGUAAGCGACGGUACUAUGGCAUACCGCGCGGGAAGAUGGGAGUAGUGGUAUCAACGGUUGUGUGAAUGUAAAGUGUAACCUUGGUUUGUUUAUAGAAAUUGAAGCAAUAUCGAAGUUCUGUGAUCUCCUUUCCUUGUGUUUACGGACAAAAGUGUGUAUGUGCUUAUGCAGACGAGUUUCUGACGAAAGGAAAGCGUUGUUAACUUUUUCAUCAGAAGAUACACAGCAACUUUAACUCAGUUAGACUUCGUGAAUAAAAAUGGCAACAUUGUCAGAACAGGCAUCCAAGCUUUUGGAUUUCAACCAAAAGCUAGAUAUUACGCUGCUUGAUAACAUUGUUGGUUGUAUGUACAGCGGAUUUGGGGAUCAGCAAAGGGUGGCUCAGGAGGUCCUUACAACUCUCAAAGAACACCCAGAUGCAUGGACCAGAGUGGAUACUAUUCUGGAAUUUUCACAGAAUCAGCAGACGAAGUAUUAUGCUCUGCAGAUCCUGGAACAAGUAAUUAAAACAAGAUGGAAGGUUUUACCAAGGAACCAAUGUGAAGGAAUUAAGAAAUACGUAGUCGGAUUAAUUAUAAAAAUCUCAUCUGACCCAGAAACAUUGGAAAGGGAGAAAGUGUAUUUAAAUAAGUUAAAUAUGAUUCUUGUGCAGAUUCUUAAACGUGAAUGGCCCAAAAACUGGGAAUCAUUCAUUCCUGAUAUUGUUGGAGCAAGUAAAACUAAUGAGAGCUUAUGUCAGAACAACAUGGCAAUUCUUAAGCUUCUCAGUGAGGAAGUUUUUGAUUUUUCAAGUGGCCAAAUAACACAGAGUAAAGCAAAACAUUUGAAAGAUUCAAUGUGCUCAGAAUUUUCACAGAUUUUUCAUUUGUGUCAGUUUGUAAUGGAAACCUCACAGAAUGCUCCAUUGGUGGGAGCUACCUUAGAAACAUUAUUGCGAUUCCUUAAUUGGAUACCAUUAGGAUACAUUUUUGAGACAAAACUGAUCUCCACUUUGAUUUUUAAGUUCCUAAAUGUACCAUUGUUCCGGAAUGUGACUUUAAAAUGCCUUACUGAGAUUGCAGGUGUAACUGUUACAAAUUAUGACAAUGUAUUUGUGUCAUUGUUUACACAGACCAUGUCCCAACUGGAACAGAUGCUUCCAAUGAAUACAAAUAUCCGUGAGGCAUAUGCUUGUGGUCAGGAUGCUGAACAAAAUUUUAUUCAGAACCUGGCCAUGUUCCUCUGUACGUAUUUGAAAGAACAUGGUGUUCUCGUUGAGCAGAAACAGCUCAAUACUGAACUUCUGAAGGCAUUGCACUAUUUAGUAUUAAUAUCAGAAGUUGAUGAAGUGGAAAUAUUUAAGAUCUGUCUUGAAUAUUGGAAUAGCCUUUCUGCAGAACUGUAUCGUGAAAGCCCAUUCAUUGCUCCAUCCACCAUGUUUAUGUCCAAAACCAGUACUGCUAUUCCACCUAGACGCCAGUUCUAUAGUGAAGUUUUGACAAAGGUACGAUACAUUAUGAUAAGUCGAAUGGCUAAGCCGGAAGAAGUCCUUGUUGUGGAAAAUGAAAAUGGAGAAGUUGUAAGAGAAUUUAUGAAGGACACAGAUUCCAUAAAUCUUUACAAAAAUAUGAGAGAGACACUGGUAUAUCUAACUCAUUUGGAUUAUGCUGACACCGAGAGAGUUAUGACCGAAAAACUUCAAAACCAAGUAAAUGGUACAGAGUGGUCUUGGAAGAAUCUGAACACGUUAUGUUGGGCCAUUGGUAGUAUAUCUGGUGCUAUGCAUGAGGAGGAUGAGAAAAGGUUUUUGGUGACAGUUAUCAAAGAUCUGCUCGGAUUGUGUGAACAGAAGAAGGGAAAAGACAACAAAGCAAUUAUCGCGUCCAAUAUUAUGUAUGUGGUGGGCCAGUACCCAAGAUUCCUUCGUGCACAUUGGAAAUUCCUAAAGACUGUAGUAAAUAAACUCUUUGAGUUUAUGCAUGAAACACACGAUGGUGUUCAAGACAUGGCAUGUGACACCUUCAUAAAAAUUGCUUUAAAAUGUCGCCGACAUUUUGUCACUGUUCAGGUUGGAGAAGUGGUUCCCUUCAUUGAAGAGAUUCUGUCAACAAUAAGUUCAAUUAUAUGUGAUCUACAGACUCAGCAGGUACACACGUUUUAUGAGGCUGUUGGUCACAUGAUUAGUGCACAGGUGGACCAGGUUGUGCAGGAGCAUCUAAUUGAAAAAUACAUGUCACUGCCGAAUCAAGUGUGGGAUGACAUAAUAUGUCAGGCCUCAAAGAAUGUAGAGGUCUUAAAAGAUCCAGAUGCAGUGAAGCAGCUAGCAAGUAUUUUGAAAACAAAUGUCCGAGCCUGCAAAGCACUGGGCCACCCAUACGUUGUCCAGCUGGGCCGUAUUUACUUGGACAUGCUUAAUGUUUACAAAGUGAUGAGUGAGAACAUAAGUGCAGCUAUAGCAGUGCAUGGAGAAAGUGUAACAAAGCAACCUCUGAUAAAGAGCAUGAGGGUAGUGAAAAAGGAAACACUGAAGCUAAUUUCAGACUGGAUCAGCAGGUCAAAUGACCAUACUAUGGUUCUUGAAAACUUCAUUCCUCAUUUGCUUGAUGCUGUGUUGUUGGAUUACCAACGAACAGCUGUACCAUCUGCCAGAGAACCUGAGGUACUGAGUGCAAUGGCCACCAUUGUCAAUAAAUUGGAAGGCCAUAUUACAAGUGAAGUUCCAAAAAUAUUUGACGCUGUAUUUGAAUGUACACUGGAAAUGAUCAACAAAGACUUUGAAGAGUAUCCAGAACAUAGGACAAAUUUUUUCCUGCUGUUGCAAGCUGUAAAUAAUCACUGCUUUCCAGCUUUCCUGAGUAUACCACCUGCUCAGUUUAAAUUGGUGUUAGAUUCAAUAAUUUGGGCAUUCAAGCAUACCAUGAGGAAUGUUGCUGACACAGGACUGCAGAUCUUAUAUCAGUUACUUCAAAAUGUGGAGCAGCAUGACCAAGCAGCACAGAGCUUCUACCAGACAUAUUUCACUGAUAUUCUACAGCACAUUUUUUCAGUAGUUACUGACACAUCACAUGCUGCAGGUCUGAAUAUGCAUGCAACUAUUUUGGCCUAUAUGUUUACCCUAGUGGAGAUGGGGCGGAUCACUGUGCCCCUUGGAAAUUCACCAGAUAAUGUGCUUGUUGUUCAGGAGUUUGUUGCAAGUCUUCUUCGCGCAGCAUUCCCACACCUAACGGAUAAUCAAAUAAAGAUAACUGUGCAGGGGCUUUUUAACCUUGAUCAAGACAUACCAGCAUUCAAAGAACAUCUGAGAGACUUCCUUGUACAAAUUAGGGAAUACACAGGUGAAGACGAUUCAGAUUUGUUCCUAGAAGAACGAGAAGCAGCUUUGCUCCAGGCCCAGGAAGAAAAGAGGCGAAUUCAGAUGUCAGUUCCUGGCAUUUUAAAUCCUCAUGAAAUGCCAGAAGAGAUGCAGGACUGAAGAAGUCUGCAAUCUAAGUAGACUGAAGUGUAAUACGAGCGAAAUAUAAACUAUCAGUAGAUUUAAAAAGAAAAAUGAUUGUGCUUUUUGGCAUUUGAUAGGACCAAUGGAAAGGGAAAACAGAGGAAACUAUUAGUUCAGUGUUCAGUGAAAUAUUUGAAAAGCUAGGUAAUCUGUCAAGUUGCUGAUGUUUUGUAAGAAGCUGGCCAUUCCAUGUAUCUCAGACUUGAAAUGGAGGUUAUGUAAUAAGUUUGCCCAUUAUAUCAUUAGCUUCAACAAGCUUUUGCUUUUGGUCAACAUCUCAUUGUGGCAUGAAAAGAAGCUCCUUUGUGGCAAUACAAAUAUUUUUGUAUGUAGUGAAACCUCCUAAAAUGAUAGUCCAUAUUUGUAAUGUGUGUGUAUGCACAGUUACAUUUAUCAGCUUGUCCAUCUUUUUGAAGGCCAUUGGUUUUACCAGGUUAUAAGUCUGAAAUGAAAACCGUGAACUCUCAACCCAUCUCAUUUACAGCUAGCACGCAGUGUUGUUUUCCGUUAUUUAUUUCUCAUAAAAUUUUCCCAGUAAAACUAAGAGCCAGCGGAUUAUUUCUUUGACAGAUUUUUAUGCUGAAAUAUCUCAGUAACAAAUGAGAUGAUCAGCAAAUGACAUUUGUUGAGAAAGAAUCGUUGGACUUUAACCAUGGAUGAUUGUAAAUGUUGUGAACUUGAAAUAAUGUGUGGAGGACUAGAUUAUUGUUUCGUGUUUCUUGUUCAUGCUGUAUAAAUUGCCCUCUGUGAGGAGCAGUGUUGGUGUGUAAACAGUUUCAUCUAUGGACACUUGUGAAUUCAGUGGCUUAGAAACUGUGAAGGUAUAUAAACAUUUGAGUCAGUAACAGUGGUUUGGUAUGUGUGCGUGUUCAUGAUUGCAUUCACAUGUGAAUGGUCUUGUUUUGUAUAAAUGGUUGUAUUUUUAUUUUGUCUGUUUUCAUUUGUAAUUAAGAAUGUGUGCUGUUCUCUACAAUUCAUACACCCUUGUAAUGUAGAUUUCAGAGGUGAUUUUUGAAUAUGUUUGUUACUUUUGUUCAGUUACCUUAUUUCUGAGAGUGGAGAAAAUUGCAUUUCUGUGACAUACAGGCAUUUCAUUUUUAACAUUUUUUAGUGUUACUUUUGUUCCAUAGUUAUUUAGUUAUAAUGUUACAGUUAGGUAGCUGAAACUGAAAAAAGAAACCCUAAUUCCCAUAAAUAUACUUGAGUACCAUGUGUUCACACUGUGCUUAGAGAUUAACACUCCAGAUAUGUUAGGUACUUCUUUGUGUAAAGCUUUAAUGAGGAUGGUUUGUGUACAUUGCAGUUUGUAAAUUGUUAUGUCAAGACAGUAUUUGAAAUAAUACAAAAGAAAUAAUAUAUAGUUCCAACAAUCUGUAAAUAGGUAUGAUGUGAAAAUGACGCUUUUUUAUUUUGUGUUUGCUCUUUCAAGGGUGUUAAAAUUUCAGCUUCUCUCCAAGUCAUGCGCAAAAGAGAAUAUAACGCAUUGGUUACUGGAAGAAUCUAUCUUAUGGAAAAGUUUCCUAGAUAGUGUAAUUUACUUUUGAUGACUGUGUGUGAAGAUUGUAUGUUGCUGUUGUAUAGUGUCCCUGAAUGUGUUGAUGGAUGCAGAUUCCUUGUGUAAAUCUUUGCUGUUUUUAGAAGGAAAAUAGUUUUUUUAAUCUUUCUUCCAAUUUCUUGAAAUUCAUCUUUUGUUAUGUGCUCAUCGUAGUUCACUGUUUUAGCAAUGGUUGUGAAGGAAGUCUUUAAGUCUGACAGUUUACGAGAUUCCUUCAUCAACUCUUCAUUUGUGAAAGCAACAAGAGUUGCAUUUAAUGAGCCACACCUGUGUACUUAUUUUCCAUUAUUGACUUUUCUCUCAUUUAUGCCUUAUGAUGGAUGUUUUAGUGAUUAAAAUUACUUUGAAAAUGUUAUCAUGAAUAGCGAUUUUUGGACUAACUUGCUUGGGGUAUCAGUUAUAGGUUUCAUGUAGAGAAACCUAUCUGGAAGCAAGGAGAGAGAAUUUGGACAGCCGUUGAUCAUAUUUGAGCUAAUUUCUGAUUGUAUGUGUACGCCUUAGUGGAAAAAAGAAGGAAAGUAAGGAUAGCACACAGAAUGCAUGAGAAACUGUUGGACAAUUUGAGCAGUUGCUUCAGGUAGCCCUUUGCUUCUGUUCUAAGAAGAAAAGGAAUGUUCUGCCCAUGUUGCCCAGAGUUUGCGGAGUGUAAGCUUGAAUUUGUAGGAAGCUCUUUGUGAGAAAUAAGUUAAUAAAAUUAUUUUACAGUUAA